UCAUUUCCUUCCAAAAAGUAUUAGAUUUCGCCCUAGUUAGGGUUCUUCAUCUCUCUUUCAAUUUGAAGGUUUAAAGGGCAUACCCAAACACCUUCAUCGACUCUAGCAGGAUGAACCUACCAUGGGAUAUCCUGUUAGACAUUCUUAUUCGGCUUCCUUUGAAGUCAAUCGUACGAUUCAGGUGCGUAAACCAAUCGUGGAACAAUCAAUUAAAAUGCCCUAAAUUUCUUAAAGCUCGAAAUGAUUAUGCUGUUGAAAUUGGCAGAAUCAAUCUCAUGUUCCAUAAUCAAAAUGAUAUAUAUACCUUUAGUUAUGCUACAUCAUUAUCUACGUGUGAAACAACAUGUCAUAUCGAAUACCCUGAUGAAUCCAACGAGAAGGAAAUUGAGGUUUUAGGAUGUUGUAAUGGUUUGGUUUUGUUAAGGCACGUUGAUUUAAUGAACGAUGCAUCGUUGUCCUGUGUUAUUAUCUUGUGGAACCCGACUAUGAACGAAUGUAAGAGAUUACCGAAUCCAACUACUGGAAAGCAGGUUAAGGACAGAAAUUAUGUAGAAUAUGGGUUGGGUUAUGAUGAACAAAUUGAGGAUUUCAAAGUGGUACGUUUGACACAGGCUUUUUAUGGUCGCUGGUCUGUUUGUGAUGUAUAUGUUUAUACUCUGACAGAAAAUUCAUGGAGAAGAGUUGAUAGCAUUCCGAUAGAUGGUGUGCAUUAUCCAAGAAUAACUGAUAUGGGUCGCUGGCCUGUUAACGGAGGUUUUCAUUGGACAGCACAACUGGAACGGAGCAAUUUCUUGCACCGCAUUUUUCUUCUUCGUUUUGAGUCCGAGACGGAAGACUUGGAUGCGGUGCCACUGCCGGCUUUUGAUGAAAAUGCCAUGGUAUGUUUGUGUGUUUUAGGGGGAUCACUUUGUUGUUUUUGCUCUGGUACUGAGGUUUUAGACGUGUGGGAGUUGAAAUACAAUGGGGAGGAGGAGGAGGGAUCAUGGACUGAACUUUUCACCGUUAAGCUAAGAGAACAUUUUGGGCAAGUUUCUAUUUUUAUGCCCUUGAAAAUUUUGAAUAAUGGAAAGCUUGUGUUAGGGUUAGAACUGGCUGAUAGAUGUUUACAUAUUGUCGUGUAUGACCCAAAACAUGUCACAUUUGAAACUAUUAACGUCCAUGAUGAAUCUUUAACUAGUGACGCUUUCGGUACAACUUUCUAUGAGGAGAGCUUAUUUUCAUUGGGCACGGGAAUUUAUCUUGGGAAAGUACACUGGGAGGCCUCCGACGAAGAAGAUUGGAUUGACUCCUCGGAAGAAGAUGAGUACUGGUGGUGGUGAUGGUAAAGAAGAGUAAAGUAUUGAGAAGAAAAGCAAGUCAAUAAUUUCAUAGGUGCAAUUCAAAUGCUUGCAGAAUUUACUUUGUCUGGACCUGUCAUAUUUUCCAAAUACUCGGUACUCUGCUUGGCAACUUCUUUGACAGUGCCUGAAGAAAUGGAAAGACUUUCGUUUUUCUCACUUACCAAUUACUAUGAUUUACAGCACCAAACUAUCACUUGGUUUGAUCCGAUCAGUCUUGCACCAUUGAUUGUAAGAUAGGUUUUCUUAGCUUGAUUUUUUGAUCAGUUGUGGGAAUUGAACCCCUAACCUAUACUUGAGAGUUCAACCCCUAACCAACCGGACUAAUCCCAGUUGGUUAGAUUUUCUUAGCUUGAUUAGUGGUGGAGUUGGCGAGUCUGGUGGGGUAGCAACUUGUGGAUUCGCAAUUUGAUAUAAAUCUUAUGCCACAAUUAGCUUCAGCCUUCGGGUUCCAUAAAGUCUCAUACAAAGGUCAUUUUUGUUAAUUUCAUUCCAAAAAUAGGAUAUCAGUCAAAGUCAAACAUGUUAUUCACAUUUUUAGUGUGAGUUACAAAAAGUGUGUAUAACUAGACUCUAAGGCUAGCGCCUAGCGCGUUUAGAUACAAAUCUGUUUCUGCCGCAUCAGGAGCAGAAGUCAUAAGUAAAAACGUUUUGCUUCACAAAAAUUAUUUUUUGUUUUUUUAGAAAUCAUUUUGAAAUUAUGAAACCAAACUAAUUUUUGACCUUUUUAUUUCCGGAAGUUAAAAAAUAACUACCGACACAAAAUAACUAACAAAAGAGAAAAAAAAGUGUGUACUAUAAAUAAGACUUGACGGCUGAA